UUUGAAUCCAUGGAAUGAUCAUUUGUCCUCCUUAGGAAAAUUAUGCCACUUGCACGUGGUAAAUGCCACCGUAGAUACGUAAUGGAUACAAAUUCAUUCAACUAAAAAAGAAGUGAUUAUUUGUUGAAGAGUGUUCUAAGCGCUGACUUCAAUUCCUGUGCAUCCACUCAAAUCAAAUCAAUGUCAAUGGAUGAUGAUGAUGAUGAUGAUGAUUCUUGUUCUUCUUAUUCUUAUUCUUACUCUUAUUCUUCUUGUUCAUCCUUAAACUUCGACCAUCGAUGGUUCUACGAUGUUUUCAUCAGUUUCAGAGGAGAAGACAUUGGCAAGAGUUUCGUUUCACAUCUAGUUAAUGCCCUUAGAAAAGCCAGAAUCACCACUUACAUCGACGGUGGUCAGCUUCACACCGGAACCGAGCUGGGACCAGGACUAUUGGCAGCAAUUGAAACGUCUAGUAUAUCAAUCAUUGUUUUCUCCAAAAACUACACUGAAUCUAGUUGGUGUCUUGACGUGCUGCAAAAUGUCAUGGAGUGCCACAUAAGUGAUGGCCAACUGGUUGUUCCUGUGUUUCAUGAUGUUGAUCCGUCCGUUGUGCGCCACCAGAAGGGUGCUUUUGGACAAGUUCUGAGAGAUACUGCAAAAAGAACCUCAAGGAAGGGAGAGAUAGAAGAUGUGGUGUCUAGUUGGAAGAAUGCACUAGCAGAAGCCGUCAGUAUUCCUGGUUGGAAUGCCAUCAGUUUCAGGAAUGAAGACGAACUUGUGGAGCUAAUUGUUGAGGACGUUUUGAGAAAGCUAAACAAGAGAUUAUUGUCUAUUACCAAAUUUCCAGUUGGAUUGGAGUCCCGGGUGCAACAAGUGAUUCAGUUUAUUCAAAAUCAAUCAAGCAAAGUUUGUUUGACAGGGAUCUGGGGAAUGGGUGGGUCGGGGAAAACAACAACAGCCAAAGCUAUCUUCAAUCAAAUUAAUUUGAAAUUUAUGCAUGCAAGUUUCAUUGAAAAUAUUAGAGAAGUUUGUAUAAAAAAUGAUAGAGGGAUUAUACAUUUACAACAACAACUUCUUUCCGAUGUCAUGAAAACAAAUGAGAAGGUAUAUAACAUUGCAGAGGGGCAAAUGAUGAUCAAUGAAAGAUUCCGGGGGAAAAAUGUAUUCGUUGUACUUGAUGAUGUGACCACAUUUGAACAGUUAAAAGCCCUAUGUGCAAAUCCUGAAUUCUUUGGUCCAGGAAGUGUAUUAAUUAUUACAACUAGAGAUGUACACCUACUUGAUUUAUUUAAGGUUGACUAUGUGUGUAAAAUGAAGGAAAUGGAUGAAAAUGAGUCCCUUGAGCUUUUCAGCUGGCAUGUUUUUAGACAACCUAAUCCAAGAGAAGACUUCAGUGAAUUCUCAAAGAGGGUAGUUUCUUAUUGUGGAGGAUUACCACUAGCUCUAGAAGUCAUUGGUUCUUACUCAAAUCAGAUGACAGAUGAAGAUUGGAUAAGUGUAUUCUCAAAUCCAAAGACAAUUCCCAAUCAUCAAAUCCAAGAAAAACUGAGAAUAAGCUAUGAUGGGUUAAAUCAAGAUAUGGAAAAGGAUAUAUUUCUUGACAUUUGUUGUUUCUUUAUUGGUAAGGACAGAACCUAUGUCACAGAGAUACUAAAUGGCUGUGGACUUGAUGCUGACACUGGAAUAACAGUCCUCGUAGAGCGGAGCCUCCUAAAAGUUGACAAUUAUAACAAGCUUGAAAUGCAUGAUUUAAUAAGAGAUAUGGGAAGAGAAAUUGUUCGUGAAAGUUCAGCAAAAGAACCAGGGAAGCGCAGUCGAUUGUGGUUUCAUGAGGAUGUACAUGAUAUUUUGACCACAAAUUCUGGAACAGAAACUGUAGAGGGAUUGGUUUUGAAGUCGCAAAGAACUGGCAGAGUUUGCUUCAGUACGAAUUCUUUCAAGAAGAUGAACCAACUCAGACUUCUGCAACUUGAUUGUGUUGACCUCACUGGAGAUUAUGGAAACCUUUCUAAAGAACUUAGAUGGGUCCAUUGGCAAGGAUUUACCUUCAACUGUAUACCUGAUGACUUUCAUCAAGGAAAUCUAGUUGUUUUUGAAUUAAAACACAGCAACAUUAAACAAGUAUGGAAUAAAACCAAGUUGCUAGUGAAUCUAAAAAUUCUCAAUCUAAGUCAUUCGAGAUACUUGACAAGCUCCCCGGAUUUUUCAAAAUUACCAAAUCUUGAAAAGCUCAUUAUGAAGGAUUGUCCAAGUUUGUCUGAGGUACACCCAUCCAUUGGAGAUCUCAAUAAACUUCUUAUGUUAAAUUUGAAGGACUGUAUAGGUCUUAGCAAUCUCCCAAAGAGUAUCUAUCAACUGAAAUCUUUGAACACUCUCAUCCUUUCUGGUUGUUCAAAGAUUGACAAGUUGGAAGAAGACAUAGUGCAGAUGGAAUCCUUGACAACACUGAUUGCAAAUAAUACAGCUGUUAAAGAAGUGCCCUUUUCAAUUGUAAGAUCAAAAAGCAUCAGAUAUAUAUCCCUAUGUGGAUAUGAAGGAUUAUCACAUGAUGUUUUUCAAUCUCUCAUUAGGUCUUGGAUGUCACCAACACUGAAUUCUCUACCCUGUAUUUUCCCGUUUAGGAACAUUACAUACUAUUGUCUAGCUUCUCACGAUGUACAUCAAAAUAACUUGGUCUUUCUAUCACCAAUUGAUAGCAUCCUUUUACAGCUUAGAAUUAUUGGGGUACAAUUCCGCUCAGAGAUUCAACUUACUCAAGAACUACGGGGAAUUCUUGAUGAUCAAUAUGAUAUUAGUGUUACCAAAGUGGAAACAUCACAUGCAUCACAAAUCUCAAAUCCUUCUUUGAGAUCACUUUUGAUUGGAAUGGGAAAUUUCCACAUAUUCAUUGAGGCUCUUAGCAAGAGCAUAUCACAGGGAUUAACAACCAAUGACUCUGGGGAAUUUUUCCUUCCGGGGGACAACUAUCCUUCUUGGUUAGCCUACACAGGUGAAGGACCUUCUGUACGUUUUCAAGUGCCCAAGGAUAGUGAUCACUGCAUAAAGGGAAUAACUUUAUGUGUUGUUUAUUCAUCAACAAUAUCUGAAAACAUGGUAACUGAAUGUCUCGCUAGUGUUUUGAUAAUUAAUUAUACAAAAUUCACUGUUCACAUAUACAAGCGAGAUACAAUAAUGUCCUUUAAUGAUGAAGAUUGGAAGAACAUAACAUCAAAUCUAGGACCUGGUGACAAUGUGGAGAUAUUUGUAGCUUUUGGGCAUGAGUUGAUUGUUAAGGAGACAGCUGCCUAUCUUAUAUAUAACCACUCAGUUACUAAGGAAAUUGAGUCAUCAACUAAUGCUCAUGAGAAAUAUGAUUUGAAGUAUGAUGUUGAUGCUAAGUUCAAAGGUGGUCCUAGAAGGUAUCAAUGGGAAAUGGACAAAGCAAGCAAAAGAGACGUGAAAAGUCUGAAUCAAUCAAAGAUUGCUGAUGAGAAAGGGGAUUUGGUGAAUGGUGUCAACAGAAGGAUGGCCGAGCAAAUUCCAUACGCUGUUGCUGAAAGCCUCUUUAACAGGUUGGCUUCUGCAGCCUUUCGUGAACAUGGACGAAUUUUUGGUGUUAUGGAUGAGUUAGAAAGACUUAAGAAGUCUGUUGAAUGCAUAAGAGUUGUUCUGCUUGAUGCCCAAGAGAAACAGGAACAAAAUUGGAUAGGAAGGCUCAAAGAUGUGCUUCAUCUUGCAGAUGACUUGCUAGAUGAAUUCAUUAUUGAAGGUAUGAGAUAUAAAGUGGAUGCAGGUGAUAAGAAAAAGAUUACAUGGGUAUUUCGUUCAUUAUCUUCAACGCAUUUUUAUCUUAGAUGAACAAUGGUUCCAAAAUUUGAAAAAAUACAAAAAAAGUUUGAUGUUGUGGUGGAAGAAAUGACUAGAUUGAAUUUAAACCCAAAAGCUGUGGUGGUUAAGCAAACAGAUAGUUUAAGGAACAAAUCUAUCUCUUUUUUGUUAGAAUCAAAUAUCAAUGGAAGAGAAGAUGAUAAAAA